AUGCGUGAGAAUCCAAUAGGAGGAGGGGGUGGAGGAGGAGGAGGAUGUGGUGGUGUGACCAACUUGUUCCCGGCAUUCCCGGCCUCCAUCGCUGCAUUGUAUACCAGCCCCAGUCUCCCAAAUAUCUCCCUUGGGAGACCUCCCGCCCCCCCUGCCUCCAUCUCCACAGCUCACGCCACUGCUUUGGCUGCUGCCAUCAAUCAUGUCUCGAGCAUUAUCAACCACCGCAAUGCCGAAGACGUCUGGGUGCUGAAAGCUCUCAUGAUCGAAUAA